CUUGCACGGGAGGCUGCGUGGAGGAGAGGGCCUGGACCAACGCGGAUCUGGGGUCGGGCGGGACCAUCUCGGUCCAGCAACGCCCAGAUCUGGGGCCCGGGGCUCGCCCACGCCGCUCGGGUACAGGCACCACCCAGCCCCUUGGCGCCACUCGCGGCCGCCUGGCCUGGGCAGGCGCAGCGCUCGCACCGCCCACUCGGAGCCGGUCUGGAGGCCGGGGUCCGGGAGUCCCGAACUCCAGCCGGGCCUGGGGACAGCCCGGGAGCGAUGGCUCCGUCCGAAGCGGGCUGGGACACCCUCGGCUUCGCCCCCUCGAGCCGUUGGCGGGUGCCGGGCUGGGGUGGCCAAGGCCCGAAGCCCGGGCUUUCUGGAGACUGGACCAGGCUUCGGUCCCUGCAGAGCGCAUCCCCCACCCCACGCCCAGAUGCCGGAGUAGAGUUUAUUUCCAGUCCCCUCCUCCCUGGCCCUGGGGCCAUCAAGGGAGGAGCGAUGGAGAAGUGGGUGGGCAGGUCCCGGUUGUGUCUGAUGCUGCUUCUGUUCCUCCCUCAGCUCUGCCUGGAUCAGGAGGUGUUGUCUGGGCACUCUCUUCAGACACCUCCCGAGGAGAACCAGGGCCCUGAGGGUGUCUGGGGUCCUUGGGACCAGUGGGCCUCUUGCUCCCAGCCCUGCGGGGUUGGGGUGCAGCGCAGGAGCCGGACGUGUCAGCUCCCUACAGCUCAACUCCACCAGGGCCUGCCCCUCCCACCCCGGCCCCCAAGACAUCCAGAAGCCCUGCUCCCCCGGGGUCAAGGCACCAGACCUCAUACUUCCCGAGAAACCCUUCCCCUGUACAGGCCACCACCUCGGGGAAGAGGUGGCCCCCUUCGAGGUCCUGCUUCUCAUUUAGGGAGAGAGGAGGCCCAGGAGAUUGAAGGAGCCAGGAGGUCCCGGGUUCGAGACCCCAUCAAGCCAGGAAUGUUCGGUUAUGGGAGAGUGCCCUUUGCUUUGCCGCUCCAUCGGAACCGCAGGCACCCCAGGAGACCACUCAGCUCUGAGCUCUCGAAGACCUCAGAUCUUCCAUCCCUGACUCCAAGAACAGAGCCAUCUUCUGCAAACCACACCCCGCAAACUGAACUCCCUCCUACUGAACCGUCUGCCCACACCCUGUCCCCCCCGGGAGAACCCCCAAGCCCCGAAGCUGCUCAGACAGAGAUGCCCUCUAGAACCAGGCCUGCCCUCACACGGCCCCACCCCAGAGCCCAGGCCUCUGGCACAGAGUCCUCCUUGUUCCCUCCAUCCCCAGGAGAAGGUAGCUCCUUUCACAUGUCCCCUCAGCCAAGAAGGCCAAGUUCCCAGGGUUGGGCCGGUCCCCGGCUGGCAGAGAGACACCCUAAUCCUUUCCUUUCUGUCCCUCGGAGCCGAGGCCAGCAAAGCCGGGAGCACUGGAGACCUGGGGGGAAUCUUCAUGGGUCCCUCACGGAGUCUGUCCCUCACUACCCAGAUGGCUGGUUGCCUCUGCUGAGUGCUGGCCCCCAUUCCAGCCCCCUCUGGAGCCUCUUUGCUCCCAGUAGCCCUGUCCCAAGAUGUUCUGGGGAGAGUGAGCAGCUGAGAGCCUGCAGCCAAGCGCCCUGCCCCCCUGAGCAGCCAGACCCCCGGGCCCUGCAGUGUGCAGCCUUUGACUCCCAGGAGUUCAUGGGUCAGCUGUACCAGUGGGAGCCCUUCACAGAAGUUCAGGGUUCCCAGCGCUGUGAACUGAACUGCCGUCCCCGUGGCUUCCGCUUCUAUGUCCGUCACACCGAAAAGGUCCAGGACGGGACCCUGUGUCAGCCUGGAGCCCCAGACAUCUGUGUGGCCGGACACUGUCUGAGCCCUGGCUGUGAUGGGAUCCUUGGCUCGGGCAGGCGUCCAGAUGGCUGUGGAGUCUGUGGGGGUGAUGAUUCUACCUGUCGCCUCGUCUCGGGGAACCUCACUGACCGGGGGGGCCCUCUGGGCUAUCAGAAAAUCCUGUUGAUUCCUGCUGGAGCCUCCCGGCUCCGGAUCGCCCAGCUCCGGCCCAGCUCCAACUACCUCGCACUUCGUGGCCCUGGGGGCCGGUCCAUCAUUAAUGGAAACUGGGCUGUGGAUCCCCCUGGGUCCUACGCCGCCGGCGGGACUGUCUUCCGGUACAGCCGUCCUCCUCGAGAGGAGGGCGUGGGAGAGAGUCUGUCCGCGGAAGGCCCCACGACCCAGCCUGUGGAUGUCUAUAUGAUCUUUCAGGAGGAAAACCCAGGUGUUUUCUACCAGUAUGUCAUCUCUUCACCUCCUCCAAACCUUGAGAACCCCACGCCAGAGCCCCGUCUCCCCCAACUCCAGCCUGGCACCCUCCAGCGUCAGGUGCGGAUCCCCCAGAUGCCCGCCCCGCCCCAUCCCAGGACACCCCUGGGGUCUCCAGCCGGAUACUGGAAACGGGUGGGACACUCUGAGUGCUCGGCCUCCUGUGGAAAAGGUGUCUGGCGCCCUGUCUUCCUCUGCAUUUCUCGUGAGUCAGGAGAGGAACUGGAUGAACGCAGCUGUGCCGUGGGCACCAGGCCCCCAGCCUCCCAGGAACCCUGCCACGGCCCCCCGUGCCCACCGUACUGGGAGGCCGGCGAGUGGACGUCCUGCAGCCGCUCCUGUGGCCCCGGCACCCAGCACCGUCAGCUGCGCUGCCGGCAGGAGUUUGGGGGCGGCGGCUCGUCGGUGCCCCUGGAGCGCUGCGGACAUCUGCCCCGGCCCAACAUCACCCAGCCGUGCCAGCUGCGCCUCUGCGGCCGCUGGGAGGUCCGCUCCCCCUGGAGCCAGUGCUCUGUGCGGUGCGGGCGCGGCCAGAGGAGCCGACAGGUCCGCUGUGUCGGCAACAACGGUGAUGAAGUGAGCGAGCAGGAGUGCGUCUCAGGCCCCCCGCGGCCCCCCAGCAGAGAGGCCUGUGACAUGGGGCCCUGCACCACAGCCUGGUUCCACAGCGACUGGAGCUCCAAGUGCUCAGCUGAGUGUGGGACGGGAAUCCAGCGACGUUCUGUUGUCUGCCUCGGGAGUGGGGAGACCCAUGGGGAGGGCCAGGAGGAAACAGGGACAGGAGCCACUGAGCAGACCUGUGCACCAGGAAGCCGCCCCCCUGACAUGCGUGCCUGCAGCUUGGGGCCCUGUGAGGUGACGUGGUGCUGGUACACGGGGCCCUGGGCAGAGUGCUCCUCAGAAUGUGGCUCUGGCACGCAGCGUAGAGACAUCAUCUGCGUGUCCAAACUGGGGACUGAGUUCAAUGUGACUUCCCCUAGCAACUGUUCCCACCUGCCCAGGCCCCCUGCCCUGCAGCCCUGUCAGGGGCAGGACUGCCAGGACCGAUGGUUUUCUACACCCUGGAGUCCGUGUUCUCGCUCCUGCCAGGGGGGCGUGCAGACAAGGGAGGUCCAGUGCCUGACCGCCAACCAGACACUCAGCAUCCGAUGCCCUCCUCACCUGCGGCCCUCCAGGAAACGAUCCUGUAACAGCCAACCCUGCAGCCAGCGCCCUGAUGAUCAAUGCAAGGACAGCUCUCCACAUUGCCCCCUGGUGGUGCAGGCCCGGCUCUGCGUCUAUCCCUACUACACAGCUACCUGUUGCCGCUCUUGCGCCCAUGUCCUGGAGCGGUCUCCCCCGGAGCCCGCCUGAAAUGGGCCCAGGAGGCCCUCUCCUCGUGGUUUUCUCAUGCCACCAUCAGUCACCUGUCAAUCAGCCCACUCUGUACCCUCUGGCUCUCUAGCCUGUCCUGGUCUCACUAGGGACGUCCCCCAGGGUGGUCGAAGGUGGCAAGAUGACGGACAGUAACCGUCAGGACGUGUGGUUGGGUCUGUGCAGUGGUGUGAUGAUGUGUGUGCACGUAUGCCCCCAGAUGUGUAUCUGGGCCUGUGUGGAUGUGUGUGCGCCCAUAAAUCUGUAUUACUUCUCAAAAAGAAGUUACACAGACUGAGAAGGAACCGGGAGAGGGGACAAUGCCUGUUUCCGUGAGAGUUUUCUAGGCUGAAAGGAAAGCAAGUUUGCAACUCUUUGGGAAUCUGAGCUACUUAGAGUCUGGCCUCCCCAUUAAUCCCAACUUUGUGUCCUAAACCUCAUUUCUCCUGUUCAGGCCACACAUCAUCUAAACCAUCCUUUUGUCCUCUGACCCUUUCUCCCCUUACUUAGUCUCUCUAUCCCUCCCUCUCACAGUUAGCUAGGGAUGGGGUGAGCCAUUGCCAAUCCUGCUUUUCCCCAGGAAGAGAGACUAUCUCCCCAGAGCAGGGACCAGCUGGGCAGAGGAUGGAAAAGAGAAAGGUUAGAAUAAGACACCCUAGCCCCUGCUCCCGCUCCCCACCUCCUAAAAUGGUUCCCACCCCAGAACUAAUUUAUUUUUUAUUAAAGAUGAUUAUGACAAAUGAGAAACAGGCUCUUCAUUGUCCUCGUGGGAACCCAGCCAUACAGGCCACCUAAGCAAGCAGUGUGAGAUCAGAAUGAAGGGUGGGAAGGGGAACGGUACUUGGAGCCCAGGUGGAGAGAGUUUGGGUCCAGAAAGGCUAAUGAGUGAGCCCCAGUCACCUGAGACCAGGCGCCUUGGUCAGAGAGGGAGAGGAUCCUGGCCCACCUCAGGCCCUGCAGGUUGGUCAUUGACCACUAGAGGUCACCACUUCUCCCAGUUUAGGUAUGGAGUUGGGCGCUUGGGUCCAGAGCUGAAGAAGAAACUGCUUGGUCUAUGGUGGGUUUCUUGGUAGGCUGAGUCUUUCUGUACAGUCUCUUGGAAUCUAGUAGCACUUUUUUCCCAUCUGGGGCUGAGCUGAAUGGCGGCUGCCUUUUCAGGGCUCCUUUUUCCUGUUCCCUUUCUUUGGCCCUGCCUUCCUUCCCCUCUCAUCCUUUCUGCUAUUACCCAUCUCCCUAUUAAGCUCUUGGUUUAUUGCUUUUUAUAGGGUGGGAGGAAAGGAAAUGAUUCACACCCCACACCCCACACCCCUCUCCCUCAGCAGAAACGGCCGGAGGAGGAGCCUGGCCCGGCUCUAGGGGACUUGGGGGUGGAGUCGAGGGUGGAGCCAAGGCAGUACUGGAUGUCCUGCCAAAGACACAUUCUUCAGAGAUGUCUCACCCUACUCUCCUCCCUCCUCCCUCCCCCGCCCAUGUCCGCUCUCAAGGUAAAUAGCUUGCUAGAGGUGGUGUGAGAGUGGGCAGCCUUUUCCAUAACACAGAUCCUCUCCCUGACCCCUACAAUUCUGAGGUCUGAGUCCAGAUCUCCACUUGUGGAAGCCAGACUUCCCAGGGGUCCCCAUGCCUAGGAAGAGGGGAAGUGCAAUAGAAUUGAGCUUCUCUCCCCAUUAGAAGCAUCCCUCCCCCAUCCCUGCGCCUCUACAAGUCUGGCCGAGUAAGACCGUAAAUAAAGGCCUGCAGAAACAGCU